AUGACUGACAAUUUAAGCGAACACGACGAAAGCGAAUUCUACUAUCUAGACGAGAUAUCUGACACUGAACUGGCUCAGCAAGCGACAUAUUUUGAGUCAAAUCUGCUCAAUGACGGUGAAAUACAGAAAUACAUCCGAGCCCAACAGAAAACAAGUACAAUCAACAAAACUAAGUAUGACAUGAACGUACUGAAGCGCUUUUUACAAGAAUGUGGUGAAGAAAGAGAAAUCGAGAAUAUCCCUCCGACUCAACUUGACAGUCUGCUUUCCAACUUUUACAUAAAGGCAAAAAAGAAAGACAAUACUUUGUACGAACCUGAUACAAUGUCGUCCUUCUCAAGAAGUAUCCAGCGAUACCUCGACGAUAAAAAUGCAAAAGUAAACAUCUUAAAAGAUGAAGAGUUUAAGCUUUCCAGACAAGCCUUGAUGUCCAGACGACGAGAAUUAAGAAAAGAGGGCAAAGGAAACAAGCCAAAUGCUACUGUUCCUCUGACAAGCAAAGAUAUUGAUGCUAUUUUUAAUGAAAACGAGUUUGGAGUCCAUGAUACAGAGAUCCUUUCCCGUACUAUGUGGUUCUUACUUACUUUGCAUUUUGGUCAUAGAGCACGACACGAAGCGAGACAGCUGAAGUUUGGAGAYGUACUUUUGAAGAAAGAUGAAAUAAAUGGCGAAAAGUAUGUAGAGUGGUUCCAAGAAAGAGAAACUAAAACCAGACACGGCGAUGAAAAUGAACACCAGAGAGCUUUCCGACCAAGAGCUUAUGAGAGCGGCGACAAGAAAUGUCCUGUGGUCUGCUAUAAGCAGUUUGUUUACAGGAGUCCCGAAGAAGCCAAAAGUCCAGAAAGUCCGUUUUUUCUUGCUAUAAAUCAUAGAAGGAUGCCAAAUGAUCAAGUUUGGUUCCUAAACAGACCGAUGGGAAAGAACAAGAUUGACGAAUUCCUGUCUCAAGCAACAAAAGAUUUGAAGUUCACGAAGUCAAAAGCCGGCCAUGAAGAAAGCUCUAGUUCGUGUCUGGUCAAACCCAAGAAACGUCGUUUUAUGAUCGAGUCAGAUGAAGAAGACUAA